ACACACACACAUCCAUACCUCUUCAAAACCAUCUUAAAGUCCUCAGCCAAAGCAUUAUAUCUACACUACACAACUUGUAAUCUUUGAAAGUCUCUCUGGUUUCUCAUUUUUAUCAGAAAUGGCUUCAAAAACAUUAGCAUGUACUUCUUCACCCCUGCUUUUUAACAAGAAAACCAGCAGUAACUCCAUUGAAGGAGUUGGGCCGUGCUCUGUCUUCUUUCCUUCGGCAUGCAAUGUGAGAAGGCCUUCGAAGCUGUCCGUUGUGAGAGCUCAGGCCACCGGAGAUAACAAAGAUACUUCGGCGGUGGACGUUCCCGUCAAACAGGGCAGCCACCAAGGGACUGAUGUCGAGAGAAGGCUCCCGCGACUAGCUGCAGAUGGUUCACCUUUUGGUUUAAUGGACCCAUUCUCCCCAAUGAGAACAAUGCGUCAGAUGCUGGAUACAAUGGACAGAAUAUUUGAGGAUGUGGUGACAUUCAAGUCAGUAGGGGAGGUGCGUGCCCCUUGGGACAUUGAACAGGAGGAAAACGAAAUCAAGAUGCGGUUCGACAUGCCGGGACUCUCCAAAGAAGAUGUUAAUGUCUAUGUGGAAGAUGAUGAGCUCGUUAUAAAGGGAGAGCACAAAAAGGAGGAAGGUGGAGAUAAUUCAUGGUCGAGCAGGAAUUUCACUUCCUACUACACUCGUCUUGAGCUUCCUAAAAAUGCAGACAGGGAUAAGAUCAAAGCGGAGUUGAAGAAUGGAGUGCUUUUCAUCUCCAUUCCUAAGACUCAAGUGGAGCGCAAGGUGGUUGAUGUUGAGAUUAAGUAGUUCAUACCAUGUCUCUUCUGGUUUUUCAAGUUUGUGUAGUAACUUUUGGAGUGUUUUUUACUAGACUUGUUGUUAAGUUGUGAGUUGGUUAAAUCUUGUAUCUCUAUAUAUAGACAUAAUGCUUUUUAGUUUGGUUGCACCAGUGGACUGAUUGGUACAAAAAUCAGUAUUAAGGGUUGAAUGAAAUAGUAAAACUGGACUUCACACCAGAAGGUUUAGUUUGAAGAUAACUGAAAUGAGGAAAGUGGAUGCAAAGUAUUUUCCUGGCUAGUCUAAAAACAUCAUAAAUCAUAGACAUCUGCAAUCAUUUUUCCAAAUUGUCCUUGGUGUUAGAAGGGUCUUGUCUUCAUGGGGUCUUGUCUUCAUGUCAAAAAAGAAUUCAUUUUCAUACUAGUAAUAUUUACUAGAUUUUUUA